AUGGUUGGGAUUGAGACACAAAAUCGUAUUAUUUUUGAAUUAUUAACUCAACGUUUUAAUGAUUUUAAAUGUGGUCAGGAACCAAAAAAAAUAUGUCAUGAUUUUUGUGAUUUUGAUGGGGUAGUUUUCAAUUUGAUUAAUGAGAAUGGAAAUAGAAAAUUGAUUUUGUUAAGUAUUCAUUUAAAAUAUUUUAAAGAAUUAAAAGAGUAUGGUGCAAUGGAUGUUUUAAAACGAAUUUAUGGAAAUUAUUUGCUGCAAAGUCCAAUAGAAAAUUAUGAUGUUACAUUAAGGUAUGAUCUCGAUACAAUUCCUGAUGAUUAUCAAGAUAUUGUAAAUAAAGCAUCAUUACUUAAAAGAAAUUGUUUUGCAGCAGUAUUUGAAAAAUAUUUUAAACUUCAACAGUCAGGAGAGGUUAUCAAAGAGCAGGCAGUGAUUCAUUAUCGGGAUGAUGAAACAUUAUAUGUUGAGGCAAAACAAGAUCGUGUCACUGUCAUAAUUGCCACCCAUUUUUUAGAUCCUGAAGAUGCAAUUUAUGGUAAUAUUUUUCUUCAAGAAUAUGUUGAAGGAAGAAAAGUUAAUAAGACAUCUCCACAAAUUAUUUUUUCAAAUGGUAGACCUCCAGCUGAAAUGGCUAACAUAACAACAUCCCUAAGUAAUGAUGAGAAUAUGUUUUAUGUUGCAUUUAUUCUUGAAAAAAGACAUACAGCACCAAACGUAAUGGAAAAUACCAUUGAUUUAAUUCACAUUUUUAGAGAUGAUCUUCAUUAUCAUAUUAAAUGCUCAAGAAGAUACGUUCAUUCGAGAAUGGUAAAAAAGGCAGAUGAAUUUGUCAAAAUAAUUGAGAGGGGACGUAUUGAAAAAAGUAUCGUUAACAAUACCCAAAACCAAGUCAAAAAAGGCCUUGUUAGACGAAAUUUUUAA